GAGGGGGCGGGGUACCGUCCCCGCCGGAAGCAUUCUCUCCCAGGCGGCGUUUCCUUCCUGUGUGAGGCUGGCUGAGGGCUCCUGCUGCCUCAGUGUCCACCCCGGGGUUAAUCAAGAUGGUACAUGCUGAAGCUUUUUCUCGUCCCUUGAGUCGGAAUGAAGUUGUUGGUUUAAUUUUCCGUUUGACGAUAUUUGGUGCAGUAACAUACUUUACAAUCAAAUGGAUGGUAGAUGCAAUUGAUCCAACCAGAAAGCAAAAAGUAGAAGCUCAGAAACAGGCAGAAAAAUUAAUGAAACAGAUUGGUGUGAAAAAUGUGAAGCUUUCAGAAUAUGAAAUGAGUAUUGCUGCUCAUCUAGUAGACCCUCUUAACAUGCAUGUUACUUGGAGUGAUAUAGCAGGUUUAGAUGAUGUCAUUACGGAUCUGAAAGACACGGUCAUCUUACCCAUCAAAAAGAAGCAUUUGUUUGAAAAUUCCAGGCUUCUGCAGCCUCCAAAGGGUGUGCUUCUCUAUGGGCCUCCAGGCUGUGGUAAAACAUUGAUUGCCAAGGCUACCGCCAAAGAAGCAGGCUGUCGAUUUAUUAACCUUCAGCCUUCAACGCUGACCGAUAAGUGGUAUGGAGAAUCUCAGAAACUGGCGGCUGCUGUCUUCUCCCUUGCCAUAAAGCUGCAGCCAUCCAUCAUUUUUAUAGAUGAAAUAGACUCCUUUCUGAGAAACCGUUCAAGUUCUGACCAUGAAGCCACAGCCAUGAUGAAAGCUCAGUUUAUGAGUCUGUGGGAUGGACUGGACACUGAUCACAGCUGCCAGGUCAUAGUGAUGGGAGCUACUAACCGUCCUCAGGAUCUUGACUCAGCCAUCAUGAGAAGAAUGCCCACAAGAUUUCAUAUCAACCAGCCUAAACUGAUGAUUCUCCUUCCCUGCUAUUCCAAUAUGUGUUCUUCAAGAAGCAUGUUUGGAGAGAUGCUCUGCAGCAUUUUUUAUAUGCCUUUUUCCCUGUUGAAGGUGGACAGGCACGUGGAUCUGCUCGAAGUUGCCCAGGAAACAGAUGGCUUUUCCGGCAGUGACCUGAAGGAGAUGUGCAGGGACGCGGCACUCCUCUGUGUCAGGGAGUAUGUGAAUUCUGCAUCCGAAGAAAGCCAUGAUGAGGAUGAAAUCCGGCCCGUGCAACAACAGGACCUGCAUCGGGCAAUUGAAAAAAUGAAGAAAUCAAAGGAUGCAGCAUUUCAGAAUGUUUUAACACAUGUUUGUUUAGAUUAAGAGUAAAGAUCAUUUGUACAGUUCAGUGUGAUCUAGUUCGAUGCACUCUCUUACCAUCAGUGGAAAUAGAAUGAAAAGAGAAAUGUUCUUCACCCAGUGAGAGAGUUCAAUGUUCCUGACACUGGUUUUAUACUCUGAAUUCUAAGUUAUUGAGAAACAGUUGUUGUAUAAGCGGUAUUACUACUUGUCAGAAAUCAUGAGGAGGAACAGUUUGAUCCAGCGUGAGUGGGUGCUUGUGUUUGACCUCUGUAGCCAUACGUUGCAGCCUUAGAGCAUCUAAGCUGGUCUCAAAGAUGAUUCACUGAGUCAUUCGUGAGAAAGGGGGAUGUGAGUGUGUGUGUGUGUGUGUGUGUGUAUUAAAUGUAUAUAUUCACACAUUUUAUAUUGAUAUUAUGUAGAUAUGUUUGAAUACGAAACUUUUUUUUACCCCAACUACUGAAUCAGAAAGUACCAAACAGUAUAUAGCAAAACGAAGAUUUAUGGUUGUGUCUAAGGUACGGUGAUUCAGCCAUUUCCAGUUGUUUCCUUUGUUUCAGCUUUUUUUUUAAGUCGAGCAUCUCUCUGCAGUGGAAUAGUUGGUCGGCCCCAUCUCCAUUUCCGGAUGUGUCUCCGCUAUUAUGGUAUCAGGAUAAUCAAAUAAAAAUACUUGUUCAGUGAUGAGCAUUGAAUGGUUGUCAGGCAGUCGUAUGAUCAGGACGGAUUUCACAUGGAUUUCACCUCCUUCCGGCAGCACACUGAGUAGAGAUGUGUUUCAGAUCGAUACCCCGACACAUGGAUUGGAAGCCUGGCCCAUGAAUGGCUUUGAAACACCACGGUGCCAUUCAGCACGUGUAUGUGACUGUCCUUUUUUCAUUUCAUGGGACAUAGUUCUGUUGUAACCAUGGUUUUUUAAUGUUAUUUUAAAGUUGUAUGUUCUUUAAUUAUGGUCAAAUAUAAUUUGGUCUUCAAAAAUGAAAUGAUAGUCUAAAACAAGUAGCUCUUACUAAAUGUGCUAAAAAUACUCAUUUUGUAACUUUAAUUUUUAAAGUUUUCUUAGCAUAUUAUAAACUGUGCCCUAGUUAGUACAGAUAUACACAUCAGAAUCUCCAUAUUGUAUCCGUAGUCAUUCGAUGCUAUGUGCCCUACAUAUGAAACUUUUUUUUUGUCCAAAAUUUCACUAACCAGAAUUCUGUUACAGGCACUUAAACACACCGCAUGAGGAGAAUGGCGCAGUAUGAUCUUGAGGUGCCUUCUGUGAACCAUCUGAAAGAUUAAAUUAUGCUUCAUAUAGUUUUGUUUUUAUUGUAUUUCUUUGAAAACUCUCAGUUUCAUUCGUGAGUUAUUGGAUUAAUUUAUUUGAUAGGAAGUCUCUCACAGAACCUGUUGGAGCGUUUACUCUGUUGUGCUUUGAAUGACGGGUGGGGUAGAGGCUACGGCAGAAAGCAAGUCACGAACAGGGUGACAAUGAUUGAAAAUUGGCUGCAAAACACAAGAUACCAAAAAUAAAAAGUUUUGUCUCCA